AUGAAGCAACCCGAGCAGCUAAUCUUGACCCCUGGCCAAGUUCCUACAGAUUCCGCUAAUGAAGCCAGCCUAACAGAAGUGCAAUCACCGAGAACGCUACUGAGGAAGAAAUUACGGAAAUUAUCUCAAAAAACAAUUUUUCCACCUAAAACGCCUCACAAUACAACACAAUAUCUAAUUGGGAUUAAGCCAUUAGUAUUGAGUGACACACAGGCGUUGCUGGGAACAAUGCUUUCCUUUAAUGUCAACCUUAUUUUUAAGUAA